AUGAAUUUUGCCAUUGAAAAGAAGCCUGGGGAGUUUCGCCUGAAGAAAAUGCGAACAAUUCAGUUGAUGAACUCUGAAUCCCAGGCCAAUUAUAAGCAACUUGGUCGUCUGGCCAUGACUUAUGGCGAAGACCAUCACCUGAUUGCUGAUGGUCAAUGCGGGUCCCGAAAGCACCGUCAAGCGAUUGAUCUUGCCCUGUUGAAGCGGCUGGUGUGGGACCUACUGAUUCUCCAGCGUCGAUUGGCAGGGUGGAUUUCGAACGAUGCCAAGUCAUGCUUUGAUCGAUUUGUUCACUGGGUGGCAGUGGUUGCCAUGAUGCGGUUGGCCAUAACAUGGAAUGCACUUUGGAUGAUGUUUGACACGCUGGCAACAUCCACACAUUGA